UUUCUCUGCUACCCGGCCUUAAUAGUGAUUGCGCUUUCAUGGCUAUACUAUGUUACUACGAGAAACCACAACUACUGGGACAAGAAGAAAGUGCCGUACCUAAAGCCAAAGCGGAUCCUUGGAAAUUACGGAGAUCACAUUCUAUUGAAGAGAUAUAUUAUGGGAGAAAUAGCGCAGGACAUUUGCAGAACUUUCCCUAACGAGCCUUACGUGGGGACGUUUUACGGCUCGAACCCAGCUCUCCUGGUGCAAGACCCUGAAAUAUUAAAGCUUAUUCUGACCAAGGACUUCUAUUACUUCAGCAGCCGGGAUUUGUCCAAGUACACGCACAAUGAAGUUUUCACGCAGAACCUGUUCUUCACUUACGGGGACAGAUGGAAGGUCAUCCGUCAGAACCUCACUCCCCUCUUCACGACAGUGAAAAUGAAACUCAUGUUUGGCUUGAUAGUAGAAUGCUGCCACACCUUCGAAAAGUCACUGGACAUGGAGACAAGCGUAUCUGAUGUCAUUGAAGCAAGAACGCUUACUGCUAGGUACACAAUGGAAUCCAUUGGAUCUUGCGCUUUUGGGAUUGAAACCAAUGCAAUGUUGCAAUCUGUACAAAAUCCUUUCAUCGUCAUGGGCAGUAAGAUUCUAGAAAUCUCCGUAAUAAGAGCUUUGUUGUGGAAUGCAAGAACUAUGUGGCCAUCCGUAUUCUAUGGCGUGGGACUUAAGUUUUUCCCUGUAGACGUUAAUACGUUCUUCAAUACUAUUCUGACAAAUAUUUUCAAGGCCAGGGAUUACAAACCAACCGCCCGAAACGAUUUUAUUGACUGCAUUCUGAAUCUGAAGAACAACAAAUACAUUACUGGAGACAGCAUAAGCAGCGCUAAGGAUGGGGGGAAUAAGAAGGUUGUGUUGGAUGUGGACGAUGACCUGAUGGUGGCUAGCUGUGUGUUGUUCUUUACUGCUGGCUUCGAGACCUCGGCCACGACGAUGGCAUACACUUUGUAUGAACUGGCGAAGCAUAAGGAGGAGCAGAGACGCGUUCAAGAAGAAAUAGAUGAGUAUUUGAAAGCGCGUGAGAAUAAGUUGGGCUAUGAUUGCGUGACCUCGCUGACGUAUACAGAAGCCUGUGUUGAUGAGGCGCUGCGUUUAUAUCCCGUGGUUGGAGUCAUGACGAGGGAGGUGGCGGAAGACUACACGUUCCCGUCUGGCCUGACUUUAGAGAAGGAGAGUCGCGUGCACAUUCCUAUGUACCACCUGCACCACAAUCCAGAUUUCUUCCCGGAUCCUGAAGCGUUCAAGCCCGAGAGGUUCCUGCCUGAAAAUAAACAAAAUAUCAAGCCUUACACAUACAUUCCCUUCGGGGAAGGACCGAGAAUAUGUAUUGGUCUGAGGUUUGCGAAGAUGCAAACUCUGGCUGGUCUGCUGACGAUCCUCAAGAAGUACUCCGUGGAACUGGCGGAUGGCACUCCCGAGAAGCUCCAGUUCGACCCACGGGCGAUCGUGACGACUCCCAUCGGUGGGAUCCCACUCAAGUUCACGCCCAGAGACGGUUGGGAACAGAGGACCUUCAACAAGUAAUGCUAAGUGCCAAAUGAAUGCGAGUAGGUAGAGUAAACCAAUGGUUGGGGGCAUAUACAGGCUGUCCCAUAAACAAUGGAUAACCUUACAACUAUCGAUCUCUAUUAUCAAAAUUUUCAACUCAGUAAAAAUAUCACAGAUUUAAAGAUUUUCAUUUUUAUUUUUAGAAAAUUGCCACCUGUGAUUAGUUUUUCUCAUGAAAUUCAACAAACUUGUUCCAAAAUAUUUAAAAACAAAUUAAAAAGUGUAAAGGAAAAUUCAAUUCGUGAUCCCGCAUGUGACAAUUUUUUAAAAACACAAAAAAAAUCUUAAAAUAUUACCUGGUCAAAAUUGUAUAUCAGAUACCUACCAUAGUGAGGCUAAUGGAUAGUUACAAGGAUCCAUUGCUAUUGGGACACCCUGUAUAUAAACAAUGUAUGAAAAAAUAUUUUGCACUGUGCCGGAACUGUGACAAGUGUGAAUCGACCUUAAACUUGGACCGACUUUGCGUCGCUUUGGGACCACAAAAUAGAAAUGAUGGGACUAUGGCGACAGAUUCUCCUAUGUAGACUUAUUUACCAUGUCACUAUACCUACGUUGAUCAUAGAUUUAUUGUUAUUGUGUAAGCGAACAAUAUUUAUUGGCAGGGGUAGAAUGUAGGCACAGGCAUAGUCGUGUAGUAUGCUGACUAUGCUGAUUAUUGCUGCUAUAGAUUUUGGGAGCGUCAUUCAAUCUAACGAUGGCUUUAUCUGUUUGGCCAUUUUUAGCUUGGUUUUCCAACAACAGUCUACUAUUUGUUUAGCAAGGAAAACCUGUUAUUUGCCAUGAUAUUUGGACAUGUUUUAGCUAUAAUCUAAUCUCAGAAAUUAAAACGCUGUUGGUUUUCUUAGAGAAUAAAUAAAUAAAUAAAUUGUUCUCGUACAGGUGGGUAUUAUACAUUGUUGUCUCUUGUAGGGUCUCCAGCGCGUUUUACCCUACACAAUCAACAAAACAUGUCAACAUUCAACAUUUUUUGUUGGCAAUUUUGCUUUAACGUUAACUUAGUUAUAUCAUUUUUGUAUUUUCCUAUGCCUAUGAAAUUUUAUUAAUACAGUAAUUUUGUAAACGGUGUUGGUUGUGUCAUUACCUACUUAAUUGGUUUAAUUUUUUUUAUUAUUAGCCUCCUUACUUUUUUUUAUUAUAAGAACGCAUUUAUUGGGCAUUAAGGGUUAAUAAAAUAAAACUAUGGACAACCUAGUGUCUAAAAAUAAAAUUGAUUAAUGCAUCGUCGUCGUUUCAGCCAAAUGACGUCCACUGCUGGACAAAGGCCUCCCCCAAGGUUUUCCACAAUGAACGGUCCUCCGCUGCCCGCAUCCAGGCUCUUCCCGCGACCUUUACCAGAUCGUCGGUCCACCUAGUAGGAGGCCUGCCCACGCUACGUCUACCAGCCCGUGGUCGCCACUCGAGAACUUUCCUGCCCCAACGGCCAUCGUCUCUACGAGCUAUGUGCCCCGCCCACUGCCACUUGAUUUUAGCAAUUCUGCGAGCUAUGUCGGUUACUUUGGUUCUCCUGCGGAUCUCCUCUUUUCUGAUUCGAUCACGCAGGGAAACUCCGAGCAUAGCCCUCUCCAUCGCUCUUUGGGUGACCUUGAGCCUUCUUAUGAGGCCCAUAGUAAGCGACCACGUCUCAGAUCCGUAUACCAUCACUGGCAACACACAUUGGUCGAAUACUUUCGACUUGAGACACUGCGGUAUUUCGGACGUGAGUAUAUGGCGAAGCUUCCCGAACGCUGCCCAUCCGAGUUGGAUUCGACGAUUGACCUCUUUCUCGAAGUUGGAUCUACCUAACUGCGGAUCGUCUCGCUCGCAGGCUCGACGACUUCCAGCCUCCCGAACAAGCCGGUUUCCGAAAAGGCUUUAGUACCAUAGACCACAUACAUACGCUAAGGCAGAUUGUACAGAAGACUGAGGAGUAUAAUCAACCACUUUGCCUGGCGUUUGUGGAUUAUGAGAAAGCCUUCGAUUCGGUCGAGACCUGGGAAGUGCUACAGUCUCUCCAAAGGUGCCAAAUUGACUAUCGAUAUAUCGAAGUGUUGAGGGGUUUGUACAAAAACGCCACAAUGUCGGUCCGCCUCCAGGAUCGGGACUCGAAACCUAUCCAGUUGCAGCGAGGGGUAAGACAGGGAGACGUCAUAUCUCCAAAACUGUUUACCACCGCCCUGGAAGAUGUCUUCAAGCUUCUGGACUGGAACGGAUUUGGCAUAAAUAUCAACGGGAGUACAUCACCCACCUUCGAUUCGCGGACGAUAUCGUAGUCAUGGCUGAGACCUUGGAGGAUCUAGGUACAAUGCUCGAUGGUCUCAGUAGAGCCUCUCAACAAGUGGGCCUCAGAAUGAACAUGGACAAGACAAAAAUCAUGUCUAAUGUCCGUGUUGCACCCACUCCUCUGAAGGUUGGAGACUCUACACUCAAAGUUGUUGACAAUUAUGUAUACCUGGGACAAACAGUCCAGUUAGGAUUAAUGCAUAUUUAUGUAAUAUUAUUAUGUACCUAUUUUUAAUGUACCAACUAAGUAGGUAAGUAUGUAAAUUAUACCAUACUUUAAUGAAGUUUUUUAAAUAAAUACUUACACUAAAAAUUAA